GGUUGAAUUUGUGGACAAACAUUUACAAAAAUUCACUAACACGGGAUCAACAACCAUGGCUACUCCUUCAAAUUACAGGGAUUUAUUCAGAUUAUACCUAGGUUAACAGUUUGUCUUUUGAGUGGAGAUGCCGUUGGAAUCUGAGAAUGUCUAUUGUCACAGUGCAGCUUGGUCAGUGUGGAAAUCAAGUCGGGCAUCAGUUCUUUCAAACUCUUAUGACUGAUCUGGCCAGCCAGCAGGACCAGAAAUCUAACCACAGUGUUCAUUACCAGUCGGAGAGCCUUCGGCGCUUCUUCUACAACCCUAAAGAUGAAUUCCUUCAACACAGCAGUGAGGGUCCAAGGGCAAACAUCCCUUUUGCCAGAGCGGUGCUGGUGGACAUGGAAGGAAAGGUCGUGCAAAAUGUUGCCUCACAGGCAAAGAAAUCAGGGUUGUGGCAGUACGACAGGAAGCAACUUGUCUCCCGGAAGCAAGGUGCAGGUAACAACUGGGCGGAUGGAUUCUUCGAGCAGGGCCCCCGGGUUGAAGAGGAGGUUCUGGAACGAGUGCAGCGGGAGGUAGAGAAGUGUGACGCCUUUGCCGGAUUCCUGACCCUCAUGAGUGUGGCGGGAGGCACUGGAUCGGGUGUUGGUACGCGCAUCACCCAGAUGCUGCAGGACCACUACCCCCAUGCCUUCCUUUUCAAUCACCUGAUCUGGCCGCAUGGAACAGGGGAGGUCAUCCUUCAGAACUACAACGCCAUCCUCUCGCUGGCACAUUUGUACCAGUCAGCCGAUGCAGUCCUCAUCUCUCACAAUGACGCAAUGCGGACGAUCUGUGGCCAGCACGCCACCAUGCUGAAGCAGAACGUCUCCUUCCAAGACAUGAACAAGCUCAUCGCGCAUCACAUGAGCGUCGCUUUCCAGCCGGCAUUCCUAACAUCGUCGGCCAGGAGGCCUACGUCGUUGGGAUUCAUGAUGGAACAUCUUGUCCCUCAUCCAGAAUACAAACUGCUGACACUGCGUAGUGUCCCUCAAGUCUCAGAUGCAGCGUUGGCGUUCAGUACAUUCAACUAUCGUAGCCUUCUCAGCAGACUAAGACAGAUGCUGAUAACUGGAACUGUAAUAGAAGAAGGUAUCAACUGGCAUGUGAAGUUGCCAUCCAAACCUUCACCAUCCAGCCAACACAACAAGUCCCUGGCUGCCCUUCUGACAGUCCGCGGCAAGGAAUCAGACCAGGCAGACCCUGUGGACUUCAACAGCAGCUCGCUCUACGCCGACUGGGUGCCCAACGCUGCGGCUUUUGCCGCCCAGUGCCAGGAGCACCCUUUUAGCGGGCAGGAGAAGACAGCCAGCCUUCUGAGCAACUGCCAGACCCCACUGGGGCCCCUGGACCUGGUGCUAGGCAAGGCAUGGGACAUGUUUGCCAUGCGGGCCUACGUCCACUGGUACACGAGGUACGGCAUGACUGAGGAGGAAUUUAUCGACUGCUUUGCUGGGCUGGAGCAAGUGGUGCAGAACUACAAGCAGCUGUAAUGAUCAUGGGACCGUCAAAACUCAUCUAAAACGGGUCAAACUAGUCUGGAAGUUUCAGUUCUGUGUACAUGUCUGAGAAUCCCAACACUUAAGCCAGUGAACACAAAAAAUAAAGGAGACAUCGUCACUGCAGUGGUAUCCAUUGAUCCAAGACUUCCAAGUGCAUUUAUGCAAGUCAUAACACCUGUUGGUUGAAGAGGAGUGUAACAAACAUGUACUACUCAUCCAUGAUUGUAGUGCCACCACAGUAAUUGCUUAUAGUUCUAGUUGCUGAAUUAGUCCUUAACUUGAUUAUUUCACUGGAAACAGCCCAAAGCAAGUGUUGAUUUGGUUUUCUGGAAGAUUGGCUUAGCCCCACAGAAAUCUUGCAAAAUCCCCCCCCCCCCUUUAAUGUGCAUACAUGCAGGUUCAUUGAAGUAUUCUGUCAAUAUCUUAUUUGUAGACGUGUGAAGAAAAUAUUUGUUCAGGGAUAAAUGAUACGAGAGCGACCCACAAGAAAUAAUUCCAAGUACAGAGAAUUUCAACAAAUAUAAUUGUUAAAUAUUUUUCACACAACUCUAAUUUUGUCACAAACUAUCUUGGAGACACAUCGAAGCAUAGAAGCCCCAAAGCAAAGUUGCAUGACUUCACCUCAAUACAAUCUGUUUAAUCCAAACAAAAACCAAACUGAAACCAACUGAAUUCCUAUCAAUAUUCAGAUUUUUAUUUUGUUUUCAGGGUGUCCAUACAAUUUGUCUUAUAUAUAAUUGUCUGCUCUAUCUUUUACUGUACACGUACAAAAACUAUUCGGAUGGGAAAUUGUAGAAAUAUCAUACUCACAUUGAACUGAAACAUGUUGACUUUCGGGUUGAGCAAUGGAAGUACAAUUGCAUAUUUACCAUCAUCCUGCUAUUAAAUCCAACAUGAUCAGGCAGCUUUUUCUUUCCUUUUUGCCCUUUUCUCUUUAAUCAAUUUCGAUGUGAACCGAAAACAAAAGCUCACACUACGAUAGCUGUAUGAUAGUGUUGGAAUCAGGGGUUUUAGGGUCACAAUACUUUAGAGCAAUAAGCAGUUCACAAUCAUCACAAGUACCAGCUUUUGGGGAAAAAAAAAGUAGUGACGUUACUUCCCAGAAUUGUACAGAUCUUUGGUAUUCAACUUGGGUAUAGAGCCACAGGCAAAAUCAACAUUAGCCUUGAGUUUUCAGGGGCCCUCCAUUUUUUCCAUCAUUGUCACGAGUGCAAAGAGAAUACUCUACUGAGCCCCCCUUCCCUUAAACAAACUGAAAAGAAAACAAAACGUGUCAAGUUUACAUGGCUCUUCUACCACCUUCCCAUUGUAUGCUUUGUACAACAAUGAUGCAAGAAUGGAUGACCCCUAACUACAGUUAAGGUGGGAUGUUAGGGUUGGGCUUGAUUAGCAUGAGGAAAAGUGCUGGCAUCUCCAGCGACCACUCAAUUUUAUUACAAGAACAUUACUCCCAAAACAGUAUUCAAAACUACUGUGUGAUAUAAUUCAUCCCAGAAGCUGGGAUGUUUAAAGACAUGACCUGCAGCGUGCAACAUUUAAUCCUAUCAUUUUUCAGGGGCUCAUACUUCUCACUUAUAAAUUAUUACUAAAAUUUACUGAAUUCUUUAACACUUUUAUCCGUGUGACACGCUAUAAAUAAUGUUGGCUGCCAAAGUAUUCCAUAGUUCUACUGACUUGCAACAAACCAUACUUGACAUGGACAGGUAAAUUGGUUUACAUGUAAUAAAAAUUUACACAAUCACUUCACAAAAUAAUUACUUUGGCAAGUAGUAAUAUAUAAUCCAUUUAUAUUAAAAAACCUAAGCAGGAAUGAAUUAAAGUGAGUUUUCAACAGAACUGAGUGGCAUCAUUGGCAAUCCACUCGAGUACGCAGUGUAAACAUUUAUUCAAAACAGUUGGUGUUUUUCAGAAGUUUUGAAAGGUACUCCACUAUUGAGAUAAUAAAAUAAAUUAGCCUUUACUGCUGAUUUACUCCAAACCAGAAUUCUGUUGACAAUAUCGAGCUGACUGAAUCUAGGCUUCACUUGUAGUCAAGUCAAACAAGGCGACCAAUGAGCAACUGGUUCUUGAAGAACAAUAGGCAAGGAAGUUGGGAAUUUCCACAAAAUGUGUAUUUUCCUUGACUUGCUUGAGGUUCAAUCCCCUGCCUUGUCUACGUUGUUGCCUCCCCGUUAGCUUAAAAAAUUGCAGAACAAUCUGCAGCCA